GGCCGUUCCACGGGGGCUGCCGCACUAGAGCAUGUCUGCAGGCCGGACAUUCGCCUUUGCCAUAUGCAUUCUAGAAGUGAGUGUCCUGACAGCCGGGCCCACUCCCAAUUAUGCCCCAGAGCCAGAACAACAGAGUGGCACUCCAUUGCCCAUAGACUGCAGAAUGAGCUCCUGGAGCGGAUGGUCGGAAUGUGACCCUUGCCUCAGACAAAUGUUUCGCUCAAGGAGCAUUGAAGUCUUUGGACAAUUUAAUGGGCAAAGGUGCGUUGAUGCUGUGGGAGACAGACGACAGUGUGUGCCCACUGAGGCCUGCGAAGAGGUUGAGGAUGACUGUGGAAAUGACUUUCAGUGCGGUACAGGCAGAUGCAUAAAGAAGCGACUUCUGUGUAACGGUGACAAUGACUGCGGAGACUUUUCAGAUGAGGAUGAUUGUGAAAAUGACCCCCGUCCCCCAUGCCGGGAGAGAGUGGUGGAAGAAUCUGAGCUGGCGCGGACUGCAGGCUACGGGAUCAACAUCUUAGGGAUGGAUCCCCUAAGCACACCUUUUGACAACGAGUACUACAAUGGACUCUGUGACCGAGUUCGGGAUGGAAACACCUUGACCUACUACCGCAAACCCUGGAACCUGGCUUCUUUGGCCUACGAAACCAAAGCUGAUAAAAAUUUUAGAAUUGAACAUUAUGAACAACAGAUUCAAGCAUUCAGGAGUGUCAUCGAAGAGAGGAGGUCACAUUUUAAUGCAGAUUUCACACUAAAAUUUACACCUACUGAAGCAAAAAAGUGUAAACAGGAACCUGAAGAAUCCUGUAAUGGAACAGACUCCUCAGAAAAUAGAAUAUUUCGAUUUGCAUACUCCAAAAAUGAAACUUACCAACUGUUCUUGUCAUAUUCUUCUAAGAAGGAAAAAAUGUUUCUGCAUGUGAAAGGAGUAAUUCAACUGGGAAAAUUUGUGAUGAGAAGUCGGGAUGUCGUUCUGACAACAACUUUCUUGGAUGAUAUAAAAGCUCUGCCAACUGCCUAUGAAAAGGGAGAAUAUUUUGCAUUUUUGGAAACCUAUGGCACCCACUACAGUAGCUCUGGGUCUCUAGGAGGCCUCUAUGAACUAAUAUAUGUUUUGGAUAAAGCAUCCAUGGACCAGAAAGGUGUUGAACUGAGGGACAUACAGAGAUGCCUUGGGUUUAAUCUGGACUUAUCUCUGAAGGAUAAAUAUGAAGUCACAGCAAAGAUUGAUAAAAAUGAUUGUUUAAAGAGGAAUGAGAAGGAAAUUGUAAACAUCAUGGAUGGUAGCCUCAUAGAUGAUGUUAUUUCACUCAUAAGAGGAGGAACCAGAAAAUAUGCGUUUGAACUGAAAGAGAAGCUUCUCAAAGGAGCCAAGACGGUUAAUGUGACUGACUUUGUAAAUUGGGCCUCUUCCUUAAAUGACGCUCCAGUGCUCAUAAGUCAAAGACUGUCUCCUAUAUAUAAUCUGAUUCCAGUGAAAAUGAAAGACGCACACCAAAAGAAACAAAAUUUGGAAAGAGCCAUUGAAGAUUAUAUCAAUGAAUUCAGUGUAAGAAAAUGCCAUCCUUGCCAAAAUGGAGGUACAGUGAUUCAGAUGGACGGACAAUGUUUGUGCUCUUGCCCAAUCGCAUUUGAGGGAAUUGCCUGUGAAACCGGAAAGAAAAAGAUCUCUUAAGGAUGGCCAGACCAGAAAAACAGAGCUGUUGCUUCCCUGGGAUUGUAUGGAAAGAAAAACAUCAGGACCUUCCAAGUUAAGACCCUGCCCUUGGAGAUAAUUCUUGCUGCCAAAUGAAAAGCAAUAAGCUUCGUGAAAAUCCUGCCAAUGUCUGAAGUCUCCUCUCUCUUAGAUCCACAAUGCUUCUUUUCCUCCUUGAACUUCUAUGAUGUUUCCAUUUUUUAAUUCCCUAAUAAGGAGCGUCAGCGCUGAAAUAUGCCAGGACUGCUUUCUCCCACAGGCAAUGCCAAUCUCUUGCUAACAAAACAAAAUUAAGUUUAAAAGAGGAUGUUGGUUAAAAACACUUUAAAGUAAUUACCAAAGUGCUUUGUAUGGUUAAUAUCUUCUGCCAAUUCCAUUACCACGAGUCUGUGCCAUUUGCUUUCUCUCUUGUUUACAUAGUUGUGUCUUGUUUGGUCAUUUUGUUGACACGGGCAUGCAUUCAUUGGGCAAGUAACUACCGGGCACCCACCACAGGCACAGCACUCUGCUCAUUAGUCUUAGCUCUCCACUUUAGCUCUACGUCUCCAAGGGAAAAACCAUUUUGUAUUUGUAACCAAGAUGUAUUAGGUUAAAUCAUGUGAAAUUGCCUCUAUUCAGUCAUAUUUAACCACCACAACAAAAAAACCAGCAAUUUCAUAUGAUCCAACUUAAUAUCUAGCUUUAUGAAUUGUAUAAGGGAGGCUACCCACAUAAGAAGAUGAUUAACUGGCUGCACAAUUUUAUCCAUUAGAUAGUAUAGUACUUAAGACCUGAGAGCUUUUGAAAAGGUCUGAGAACCCUAUAAAAAGAAAAUAAAAGGAAAAAAAGGGGCCAAAACACAAAGGGAAAAAUGCAAAAUCAAAAUUAACAAAUGUUUAAUUAAAUGUCAACAUGUGUCAAGUCAGCUUCAUUCAUUGUUAUUCUUAUUAUUAAUAAACA